UAAUAUAACGCAAUUAAUGUAAUUUCAUUAGAAGAUAGCAAAAACAACUCAGAUGAAACCACGUGUUUCGAAGAAAAGUGACAACGUCGCGGCGCUAGAGGAUUGGUCGAGUAAAAUAUAUUGGACCUUACCAUAUGCAUAAGAGCUGUAAAAAAAUACAAUAGUGGAUAAGAGCACCAGCGGCAGUUUCCCAAUAUCAAUAUGUAAAUAUUCCAAUAGACACGUAAUUCGUUUUCGAAUUAGAAGAAAAAGAAUUACCAAUUUACAGUGAAUAUAUUGAGUUUUCAAAUUAAGUCUUAGUUGUGUAUAAAGUGCCUCUUGCUGAUCGAUCGCAUAUGCUAUUUCGCUUUUAUAGUUUAUCGGCGACAUGCGUUACUUUACGUCGCUUUUAUUAGUAAUUUUCUAUUUUACGGUUAGUGCGAUUGCCAUUGAUUCGAACAAAAAUGUCAGUGUCUUCUUACCUACAAAGGAUUGGCAGACCGUAAAAAAAGGUACUCUAAUUCCACCCGGGCUUCAUGUUCGGCAUAAUCUUCAAACUGGAGUAACCGAAGCCAAAUUGAUGGAUGAGAAGCAAGUGGAAAAUUCAGAGGAAAAGCCAUCUAAAUCCGAACAAAAUUCAUUGACAAUUCAUCCGGAUAAACCUUUGAUAAAUGAAGAAAAUGAUGUAAAGAAGGGAGAACAAAAUGAUCGAGUAAACAUUAAUUUUGAUGAAUUAAAAGGACUAUUAAAAGAAAUGAAUUCUGGUGAUACUGGCACACUUUUGCAAUCAGAGUAUAUUAAUAAAGAUCAGCCUGAAAGAAGAAAAAAAUUUAAGCAUUAUUCUGAAUUAAAAGAAGAGCUCGAAACAUUAAAUAUGAACAUUUCUACUGACUCUGAAGUACUUACUAGCUUAUUUAAUGAAUUUGAAUCUUAUAAAGAGUUUAUUAUAACCGACAAUCUUGAUACAAUAAAAAUUCAAGAUGUAUUAGAAAUUCUAAAUAACAUAGAAUACCUUAUUCAUCAAAUAGAUAAUGCACAAAUAUUUUCUGACAUGGGAGGAAUGUCGAAAAUUAUUUCUCCAUGUUUAAAUUCAACAAAUUCUGAAGUUAAGGCUGAAGCAUUAAAACUUUUGGGUGCUGCUGUACAGUCAAAUCCAAAAGUACAAUUCAAAGCAUUAGAAAAUGACUAUGUUCAAAAGCUUUUGCACAUGUUAUCUGUUAAUAAUAAAAUAGAAGUGAAGUCUAGAUGUUUAUUUGCGCUUGGAGCUCUAGUGAGGCACUUUCCAGCAGCCCAAAAAACUCUUGUAAAUAAUGGAGGGUUAGAAAUAUUUGGAAAACUUUUAACCGAUGGACAUUUUCAAAUUCAAAUCCGAGUUAUGAAUUUAGUAAAUGAUUUGACAAUUGAGCGUAAACAUCUAAAUGAAAUAGAAGAUGACAAGCAAAAACUUAAAAUAAAAGAAUAUAAUUUAACGAAUUUUGAACAUAAGCUUUUAAUGCAAAAAUAUUGCCAAAAUUUAGUCGAUUUAAUGAUAAAAAGUUUAAAAAUAAAUUCAGAAAUAGAUGAUUUUCAUGAAAUUGUUUAUGAAAGUAUGAUCACUCUCAGUGUUAUUUGUAAAAAUGAAUACAUAGAUAAGAAAGAAGUUCUUUUACGAGAAAUACAAAAACUUCUAAUUACAUAUCGGGACUCUUCAAAAAUAAAUGAAAAUAAUGUAAAUCUGAAUUCUUCUCAGCAGAAUCUACUUGAAAAACUGCAAAAUAUAAUUAGUAAAAGGCAUGAUGAAUUAUAACGGUACACUUCGUUUAUUUUUCAUUCACAUUGUACAUAUACCAUCAACGUAAAUUAUAACGAAUAAUCUUUGUUGCAAAAUAUAUUUAUAAAUUUUUUUAUUCCUAGUCUAAUAGACUGAAAGUGAUUCAACAAUUUACAAACUAUUGUAAUGACCACACAUUUAUAAAAUUGUUG